UAAAAUUAAGUCACUCUAGGAGUUGAAUGUUCCAGAGCAGACUAUGCCAACACAUCUAUGAACAGAUGACAGGCCACUGGAGCUCUCUGGGCAAAGAGGGAACCAAGCAGAGAAGUAUCACCAGAACAAGCUGGAGCCCAAGGAAGAAGGGGGAAAUGAGAUUUCUCUGAAGAUAAGCAAGAUAAACAAGAGUGGGUACCUUCCUGUGGCUUUCUAUCUUCGCACCCUAAUCACUCCCAACCCCCUCACAAUGAGCCUGUGCCUAACUCCUCUCCCAGACAAAGAAAUCAAGAACAUUCUUUAAGACCUAGGUAACUCUCUUCCAGGGUUCUGCCAAAGUAGGACUCUUAACACCGACCUCUUGAAUUUGGGAAUUCAAGAAAAAGUUUGGUGAGGGGUAGAGGGUGUCUCCCCCAUAAGAAAUCUCAAAGAGCUAGAAACCUGGAGUCCAGUGCAGGCAGGCCCUGUCUGCACUCACGGAUGCCCUGUGCCAGUCGCUGCUCAGAGCAGGUUACAAACUGCCUGUCUAGUAAAGUCCUAGGUAGGGUAAAGGGUCCACUGCGCUAUGGUCCGCGGCCGCGUGGGGCGCUGCGAGAACUGCUGUUAAAGCCCCGUUGCGGGCGCGCGCGCUCAAAGGGAGGCCGGCCGCUGCCCGCGCCGGUGUCUCCGGUUGCCGGGCCAAGGCUCACCCGACUGCCCGGCCCCGGAUCCAGGCUCCACGAGUCGCUCUCGGCGCGCGGUCCAUGUGCCCCGGGCUCGAACCUCGGACGUGCACCUGAGAGUUCGGCCGGAGGGUGGGUCCAGGCCCAGCGGAGACAUGGGGAAAUUUCAGUCCAAGCACGCCGCAGCAGCCUGCAAGAGGAGAGAGAGUCCCGAAGGGGACAGCUUCGUGGUGUCAGCGUACGCGAGUAGUCGCAAAGGAGCGGAAGAGAACGACCGGCGCGCGGGCAGUGGUGUGGAACACCGCGCACGGGACAAGCAGGAGCUGCCCAAUGGAGACCCUAAGGAGGGGCCUUUCUGGGAAGACAAGUGUUCUCUAGAAGUUGUGCUGCCCCCUGAGAAGACUGAGGGCCAUGAGGGCCAGGGCCAUCUCUUCAGCUCAGAUGAUGGGGAGAAGGCAGCAAGCCGUGAGGGUCCACUAAGACUCGGCAAGAAGCACUUGAACAUUGACGCACUGCAGUGUGACGUCUCAGUGGAAGAAGACAACCGCCAAGAGUGGACAUUCACACUGUAUGACUUUGACAACAGUGGGAAAGUCACCAGAGAGGACAUGUCCAGCCUGAUGCACACCAUCUAUGAGGUGGUCGACGCCUCUGUCAAUCACUCCUCGGGCAGCAGCAAGACCCUCCGAGUGAAGCUAACUGUCAGCCCUGAACCCUCCAGCAAGAAGGAAUGUCCUAUCACUGGCCAAGACCGGGAGCCCGUCCGUGGCAGAACAGAGAGUGAGCUCACAGAUGACCCCCGAGUGGCUGACAGAAGGCUGUCUGCCUACAGCAGGAAGCCCAAUGCCGAUCCCCAGCCCUGCUCUGUGCGAGUGCCCUACUGUGUGGACGAGAACACGGAGCGGAGAAACCACUACCUAGACCUUGCUGGCAUCGAGAACUACACGUCUAAGUUUGGUCCUGGGUCACCACCUGAGCAGGCCAGGCAAGAACAUCAUGGCAGGGCCACACACAUUCCAAGCAGGUCCCGAUCACAGGAGUCGGAUGCCCAUGCUGUACACCACCGCAGGUCUCAAGUCCUGGCUGAGCAUGUCGUACCAGCUAAUGAGCCUGCUACCCGGGCCCUGGCUGCACAGCCCCGGCUGAAGGGGCAGGAGAAGCAGUUCCUCAGGUCUCCCAAGGGUCCAGGAAAACCUCUUGGGGCACCAAGCAGCAGCAAGCCAGGGAAAGCGCUCAGCUAUUGCCUGCAGGCUGUGCCACUGCCUCAGGGUGCUCAGGACAGCCACCAUCUUCCUCAGCCCCCACCACAGCCUCCACCACAGCCCUAUGGUCACAAGCGGUACCGGCAGAAAGGCAGAGAAGGCCACUCACCACUUAAAGGGCAUGGCCAGCCUACCAUGGUGGAGCAUGAAGUGGUACGGGACCUGCCUCCCAUGUUGGGGCCUGAGGGCUACGUGGUACCUGUGAUCCAGAGGCAUGAACACCACCAUCACCAUGAACACCACCACCAUCACCACCACCACCACUUCCACCCAUCCUAGCACCCAAACAAGCACUCUGCCCAAAUGCCCUUGGGGACACAGCAGGUGCUGGCAUGUGCCCAGUAGAGAGUACAGCAUCUCCUUCCUGGCCCAACAGCAGCUGCAGAUGUCAAGUGGGUACCAGGGAGAUGGCACCAGGCUGGUAUUUGUGGACUAAGCUACCUUUCUCCAUGCCAUUUGAUACCAGUACAUUUGAUGCAGCAGGUGAUUAGCAGUAACAUGUGCUCCUGUCUGGUCCACAAAGCCCAUACAUGAGGGCACAAGAUAUCUGUUCCCCAUUUUGCUGCAGGGUGGCCAUGGGAUGUUUGAGGGACUGUGCCUGGACAUUCUUUGUAUCCUCGUGGUUCUUUGACCUUUGGGUACCUGAAUGAGAAAGGCAAUGCUUUCUGUGACAUUUAUACGUUGUAAAGUCAGCAGGCUGGGCUUGGAAAGUGGUUCUUCUUCAGUGUACAAAGCAGAACAAAGAGGCCGGAGUAUCAGCAAAUGUGGAGGGGGCACGAUUGAGCAGAGGGGCAGGGUGAUGUUCAGUGGGCAGCUUGAGGCUUGGUGUCCAGAGCUUCUAGCAUACUAGGUAGAUGUGGAUAAGACCCAGACAGGUUAGGAUGAGAUGGAUCAGGUACUAUGCUGAAGGUCCCCAUCCAGGCUGUGCAUAGCCAAGUGACACUUAGGUGUCCCUCCAAAGGUAUGGGGGCCUCAACAAGCCAUGAUCUUUGUGGUUCUACCAACAGGACAUACCAAGGGGAACUUUUUACCCCUUGUGAGUUUGUGCAGGUGGUAUUAUGCCUUCUUGGCGUAAUAGAAGACUGUGUGUUCUGUAACAUGGAAUACAUACCCUUGUAUUAAAAACACUUUUUUGAGAGCUGU